AUGUCGACACCCACAGAGUCCCCGGCUCAACGAGCUGCCCGUCAACGACGCGAACGCCGCGAGGCUAAGAUCAAGGAGGGGGCUCAGCACGCCUGGACAAGAUCACCAAUGCCAGCGGGCGCACACCACAGUCUGUGGGUAGAAACCAUCGCUGACGUUUCCCAACCCCAAUCAGUUCGCGAAGAAGGCUCGCCAUCCCCCCAAACCGGAGUAUCGCCCUCUCCAUCGCCCGCACCGCAAAUCCGACCCUCACCAUCCCCGCAGCCUCAACUAGACACACCUACGCAAGAGAGCCUCCAAGCACAGCAGGAGUACUUCCGCGCUCUGCUGCGACAAGGCGCACCCAACCACGGCCAGGGUCAGGGCCAGAGCCCGGGCGGCGACGAAGUGGAAGACCCCACCCUGAAACUCCUCAACUCGCUCAUGGACGCAGUGCCGCUCAAAGGCGACCCGAACGCCGCCCCGGCGCCGGGCGGCGGUGCGGGCGACAUGCCGGGACUCUCACCGGCGGGCAUUGCGUCCGCGCUGGGCAUGCCGCCGUGGAUUGCGAGUCUGGUGGGCGGAGCGACACAGUCGUCGACAGAGGAGGAGCAGAAACAGCUCCGGGUGUGGAAGGCGCUGCAUGUCAUUUUCGCGCUUGGUGUGGCCUUCUACUUGCUCUUUGUCAUCGUGACUUCCGUCGCGACAUUCGGUAGCUCGCCGCCCAAGCCGGCUACGGCGCAGAACCCGUUUAUGAUCUUUGUUACGGGCGAGCUGCUUUUGACUGGGGGGAGGGUGCUGCUGGCUGGGGAAGGGCGCGGAGUGGGGAUGGCGGUGCAGUUGUUCCGUGAUGUUGUGCGCGAUGGCAGUCUUGUGUUGUUUAUGCUGGGUAUGGGAAGCUGGUAUUAUCGCGAGUGGCAAGGUACAGGAUACUAG